CUGCUUCUCUGCUCGGGAUCAGGAGAGAAAUGUGGCGAACCGCCGAGGCUCCGCUGCUCUUAAGCUGCGGCUCUGGGCGUCUCUCUGUGACGCUGCAGCUCCGCUCCGGAUCCUGGUUGGUUAGCGGCUCCUCCUGGAGCUCAGCGCCGCCCAGAGGCGUCGCCUCCCGGCUUAAUGUCCGCCGCUCAUUGGAGGAAGCUGCGUUCAAAAAGUCCGCCUCUCCGUCCCGCUCUGCUGGGAGCUUUUCUGGUUGGUCGCCAGCAUCGUCCCGCUCCUCUCCGCGGACAUAUAAAGCAGCUUUCAGCCGCUGCUGGUCACAUUUUCUUGAGUCUGCAGAAACAAGAAGCAACAAAAUGAGUGGCCGCGGAAAGACCGGAGGGAAAGCCCGAGCGAAGGCCAAGACCCGCUCCUCUAAAGCCGGACUCCAGUUCCCGGUGGGCCGCGUUCACAGGCUGCUGCGCAAAGGCAACUACGGAGAGCGGGUCGGUGCCGGAGCCCCCGUCUACCUGGCCGCUGUGCUCGAGUAUCUGACCGCUGAGAUCCUGGAGCUGGCUGGGAACGCCGCCCGCGACAACAAGAAGACCCGCAUCAUCCCCCGUCACCUGCAGCUGGCCGUCCGCAACGACGAGGAGCUCAACAAGCUGCUGGGUGGAGUCACCAUCGCUCAGGGUGGAGUGCUGCCCAACAUCCAGGCGGUGCUGCUGCCCAAGAAGACCGAGAAGGCCGCCAAGGCCAAGUAAACCUGCUGCUGCUGUUGCUCAGCAACAAACACACAACGGCUCUUUUAAGAGCCACACA